CAAUCACCAUCUCGCAAUACACGACACUGUUCGCUUCAUAUAUACACCCACGCGUCACGCCUUACACCUCCAACCCCACACACCAUGGCAGACGUACGGUCGAUGCUCCGGCAGCAGCGCGCAGCCCGUCAACAAGCCUCGCGGCCCCAGAAGACGUCGGCAGCUCCCUCGACAGCCCCGACGUCGAAGAAGCGCAAGGCAGCCGACAUCUCCGUCGAGGAGGAGCGCAAGCGAACACGCACAGAAGAGGAUGCAGGCGUCCCAGCCGGUUUCUUCGACGCCGGGGCCACCAACGAGGAGGUCGAGGAAGCCCCACAACCUGCAGUGCCAGCCCAGGACAGCGAACCCCAACCAGAGCCUGCCAAGGUCGCGCCCCCGCCCGUCGACGCAGCAGAGGAGGCAGAACUCGAUGCGUUCCUGAAUGAGAUGAAGCAGGAGCGCCCACCCGCACAGCCCACACGAUACUCUGGCGCCGUCAUAGAAGCAGCCCCCAUGACGGCUGCCGAGAUUGCUGCACAGGCGCGGGAAGAUCAGAACGCACAGCGAGCGAGGCGCGACGAGGAGGUCGAGGGCGAGAAGGAGGAUGCUGCGCGGGCACUUGAGGAUGAAUUCGACGAGAUGGAGGGACUGGAGGAGAGGGUGAAGAGGUUGCGGGAGCAGAGAGAGGCGGUGCGGUCGAUAUCGGGGCAGCAUAUGGCGGUGGAAAGUAAUGUGUCAGCAGCUCCGCAGAUGGAGGUGGAUGAGGAAGAUGGGGAGAGCGAGUCGGAGGAUGAGGAUUGGGAUGACUGGAGGUUCCGGCCUGCUUGAUUUGUGGAUGUCGAGGAGACGUCGUGUACUAUAUGCAGCCUUUUUGAUAGAUACCCGCAAGCGUCUGUAGUGAUUAAUGGAGUCGUAGUAAUAGCCACUCGUCUUCACCA